AUAACGGUCAUAAAAACGGAGGAUAACAACGAAUGCCUGAAUGUGGGUCGUAGACGUCAUCAGCGAAGCCGCUUUAUUUUGUGUGUGCGAGAGAGAGAGAUAGAAAGCAAAUAGAGAGAGGGAGAACUAAAGUAAGGAAUGGCAAAAAAUGAAAUGUUGAUGACAUUGUUGCUGUUUUGCCUUUGAUUUGCCUCAGCACUUUACUGGAGCAUAAAGCACACUGUUGUUGUUCUCUGUUUUCGGUUGAGUAAGGAUAUGACACGGGAUAUCACCACAACUCACCAAAUACACAAAAAAUACGGGAGUUAGUGAUAACCAGACACAGACCACAAAGUAUGAAAUGAAGUAAAGUAGUGAAGAGAGUUCGCCACAGAAGAAAAGUCCUGUUUUUUAUACGCCUUGAAAUAAAUGAAAAAGAAAAUUUUUAAUAAACAACAACAAAGUUGUUUUUUUUUUGUAAAUAACUAAAAGAAUCUAAAAAAUUUGUUAAUUUAAACUGGUUUUUUUGUACAAAAUAUUUUCCAAAAAAGUCUUCUUGAAGUCAAAGUGCAUGAAAAUAUGGCAAAGUGUGAAGGAAAAAUUGUUCCAUGUUUAAUGAAAAAAUGUGUAUAAUCCAAAGGAAUACCUUUGUCUGUGCAAACGAAAAAGCAGGAAAAUUCCCCCAAGAAGUGAAGUGAAAGCCUAAAAAUUUCAGAACAAAGGGAAAAAUUACAACGAAUUCAUUUUAGUUUUAUAGUAAAAUUGUGUUAAAAAUAAAAAAAAGAAAUUUUUGGUUCAAACCAAGAAAAAAAUUUAAAAACGCAUUACUUUUGUUACCUUAACUGGCCAAAUUACAACACAUUUUCAACAUGAAUAUCAUGCAGACAUUUGGAGGUGGUGAUGGUGAAAUCGAACUAAAGGAACGCCUUAUAGCUUGCGUUAAAAAGGAGGUAAAACAACUCAUGGAGGAGGCUGUCACCAAGAAAUACAUACACGAAGAAAGCAGUUCGAUUACCUCGCUAUGCGGUGCUGUGGAGGCCUGUCUCAGUCAUGGUCUACGACGGCGUGCUCUUGGUCUCUUUAAAACAUCUUCCACCACAGCUUUAAUACAGAAAAUCGCCAAGGCUUGCCCUGAGGCAGAUUAUGUGAGUCGUCGUCUCUUGGAAAUUGAGGUGGCCAUUGAGAGUUCGACGGUGGCAGGGAAAAGAUCCUGUUCGAGCAGUGAUAGCAUUAUAAAACCUAAACUUCUGAGCAAAGGUAGCAGUAGUUCGGUGACAACGAUAAAUACCGUUUCCACAGGUUCACCCCCCAAUGGACCGGUUAUCAAGUACCUGUGGAUACGGGUGGCUUUAUAUGAGAAACGCUUAUCGAAAAUAAUCGAGCAUUUGGUUAGCAAUGCCAAUAAUUACUAUGAUCGUGAUGCGCUGGUCGCCGAUCCUGAUUAUGGUUCUAUACUGAGUUCAUUGCUGGUUGGACCAUGUGCUUUGGAAUUUACGCGAGCCAAAACCGAUCAUUAUUGGUCAGAUCCGCCGGCUGAUGAAUUGGUUCAAAGACAUCGCAUUAGUUCUGGUAAUCGCACCCCACCCACCUGUCAUCGACCCAUAAUUAAUUUUAAGCGCAGUUUGCACACCAGUUCAGAGGAUACCAGCAGUGGUUCCUUUAAGGCCAGCUCUCCAGCCAGUGUUGCCAAAGAUUAUGUGGAGUCAUUGCAUCAAAAUUCUCGCACCACCCUAUUGUAUGGCAAGAAUAAUGUUUUGGUUUUGCCUAAAGAUGUCAGCGAGCCUAUGCCUGGCUAUUUAAGUCUUCAUCAGAAUGUGCAAUCACUAACCAUUAAAUGGACACCCAAUCAAUUAAUGAAUGGCUACACUGACAAUGAUGGCCAGGAUCUCAGCUCAUACUGGACCUAUGCCCUUAACAUAAAUGUGGAUGAAAUUGUCUAUGUUCAUUGCCAUCAAAAUCGUGGUGAAGAUACGGGAGGCACAGUUAUCCUAGUGGGUCAAGAUGGGGUUCAACGUCCACCCAUACAUUUUCCCGAAGGUGGCCAUAUGCAAUCGUUUUUGAGUUGCCUGGAGACUGGAUUGCUGCCCCAUGGCCAAUUGGAUCCGCCAUUGUGGUCGCAAAGAGGUAUUGGCAAAAUGUUCCCUUGGCCCAAGAGUGUACGGCGACGCAUUUUGCCCUCGGUUAUGGAGUCGGCUGAUGAAACACCCAUCGAUUAUGUCUUCCGAGUUGUUAGUAAAAGUCAACAUGAAGAAUUUUUGGCUACUCAUCCCAUUUUGGAGCUGGGACGCACCAGCCCCAGACGCAAGCAUUUAGGCAGCUGUUCCACUACGGGUAGUAGUGGUUGUUCUAGUAAAAGUUUAUCCAUGGAACAGAGCAUAAAUGUAGACCCACCUUUGAUUCAAGCUAGCCAAACGGCUAGCAUAGAAUUGGUCUGUUCCACCAUGAGACGACAAAUCAUAUCGAGAGCAUUUUAUGGAUGGUUGGCCUAUUGCCGCCAUUUGUCAACGGUUAGAACGCAUUUGUCUGGCUUGGUUAAUGGAAGAAUAACACCAGAUUUGGCUGUCAAUGAAUCGGGAUUAACAAAAGAAAAAUGGAUGGCUUUGCAUGAGGAUGGUGUUAUAAGCAGUCAUGAGGAAGUAUUUCGUUUGGUUUAUUUCGGAGGAGUGGUACAUGAAAUACGCAAUGAAGUAUGGCCAUAUCUUUUGGGACAUUAUAGCUUUGGUUCUUCCAUUGAAGAACGCCAAAAAUUGGAUGACACCAGCAAACAUUAUUAUGAGACUACCAUGAGUGAAUGGUUGGCUGUGGAGGCUAUUGUACGCCAAAGGGAGAAGGAGAAGAAUGCCAAGGCCAUGGCAAAAAUCUCGGCCGAGAAUAAACGCAAAGGCGAAAUGAACGAGAAACAAAUGUGUCGUCAGACUGAAAUGGAUGCUGAUGACAUGGAUAAUGAUGUCUUUGAUGAUCAUGAUUUCUCGGAUAUAUCGGAUCCCGGUAUAGAUUUCGAUGAUGAUGUGGGCGGUCACAUUCAAGAGGAAAAGGAUUCGGGCAAUUGUGAUGAUGAUGAUCUAAUGGUGGAGGAAGAUGAAGAAAUGGAUAAUAUGCUAAAGGAAAAGGCACAAAACGCUUUAAAUGAGGAAUGUGAUCAGCGUGUGGGCGAUGUAGCAUCUGUGCAUGAGGAGAUCGAAGUUCAAGAAGUCCAGGAUGUUGUAGAGGAUGCAGCCGCAGUAGAAGGAGGCCUUGAAGCCGAGGAGGCCUUGGAAGUUAGUGAGAGCGAGGAAGAUGAAAAGUUAGCUGAGGAUAAUGAGCAAGAAUUGAAAACUCCCCCAGAGCAGGAAGAGCAGGAACUAAAUUCUAGCACUUCCCCCAUUGCUGGUGAAAAUGUGGUCUUGGAAUUUGAAGAAAUCGAACCUUUGCCCCUAAAUGAAAAUUGUUUUGGUGAAUCGGAAGCCGAGGCAGGGCUAACACCCGAACAGGGGGGCAUGCUGCUCCUAAGCAUCAAAAGUUCUCCAUCCACUUCUUCGUAUGAGACAGUGGGCAAUGAAUUUACGGACAUGAUAGAGAUGACAGCCAAUGAAAAUGAAAUAGAAUUGGAGGAAGAUGUCACUGUGGAGACUGCCGUCGAGGAAGCCAAUGAGACAGUGGAAUUAGAAGAAGAUGAGGUUGCAAAUGAGGCUGUGGAAGAGGAAAAAGUAAAAGAACCAGAAGAAGAGGAAGAAGACAUGGAUGUAGAUCUGAGCAAUACAAAACGCCAAUAUCAUAGUGUGGAGGAUAUUCGUCGUCCUUCCAAAGAUGAGGUGUGUACCCCGCAUGCUGUCAUCAUCACCGAAGCAGCCUCCAUAGAUGCUUUGGAGUGCACUGAUGAACCCACCGAUGAAACUUCACGCAAGACCAGCCUAAUGUCACCCAUGAAUGAGGAUAUCACUGUGGUGGCUUCGUUGGAUGCCUUGCAGGAGCCCAAGUCGGCUUGUGUCUCACCAGCCAGUUCGAAUGGUGGGGUAUACAGUUAUGAGUUUUUGGAAAAUUUCGCUUUAAAUCUGCAUCGCAUUGAAAAAGAUGUCCAGCGCUGUGAUCGUAAUUAUUGGUAUUUUGCCAAUGAAAAUUUGGAUAAACUGAGAAAUGUCAUAACCACCUAUGUUUGGGAACACCUGGAGGUUGGCUACAUGCAGGGCAUGUGUGACUUGGUGGCCCCUUUAUUGGUCAUAUUCGAUGAUGAGGUUAUGGCCUAUGGUUGUUUUUGCAAGCUCAUGGAACGCAUGAUUGAAAACUUCCCCAAUGGUGGUGCAAUGGAUAUGCAUUUUGCUAAUAUGAGAUCUCUUAUACAAAUUUUGGACUCCGAAAUGUAUGAUUUGAUGGAUUCCAAUGGUGAUUACACCCAUUUCUAUUUCUGUUAUCGUUGGUUUUUGUUGGACUUUAAACGUGAACUGGUCUACGAUGAUGUCUUUGCCACGUGGGAGGUAAUAUGGGCAGCCAAACAUGUGGCCUCCGGCCAUUUUGUGUUGUUUUUGGCCUUGGCUCUAUUGGAAACGUAUCGAGAUAUAAUACUAUCAAAUAGCAUGGAUUUUACAGAUGUUAUAAAGUUUUUCAAUGAAAUGGCUGAACGUCACAAUGCCCAAUCCAUAUUGCAGUUGUCACGCAGUUUAGUGUUGCAAUUGCAGACAAUAAUUGAAAAUAAAUAAAUUUCAACAUCAUCAUCCUAUGGUUACAAUAUUUGAGGAUGGAAAACCCAAAAGAAAUAAAUUCCAAAAUAAAACGAAAUCAUAACAAAGUAUUUGCAAAUAAUCCAUAAACAUCAAACUAUAAUGAAAAAUACAAACAAGAAACCUACAUACAAGGAAAUACUCACAUACAUAACAAAAUAUAUAUAACAAAAAAAAAAUCACCAUAAAAUAUCCAAGAUCAACCAGUAGCAAAGAGUAGAGUUCAUGAAAAAAAAACAAAACCCCAAAAGCAAGAAACCCUUAACCAAAAGUAGAUCGUGUUAAUCGAGUUGUAGUGAAAUCGCAAUACUAUCCCUCUACAAAAAAAGAAACCACUCAGUUCUAUCUACUUCUUCACCUUAACCAUAGUCGUUUUUCUAUAAAACCUCAUUGCACAUGGAUAUCCGAAGAAAAUAAUAAAGUUAAAAAAAAAACUUAAAAAAAAACACGUCGGAAAAAUGCAUAUCAUCAACUGAUAAUUUCAGACAAAUUUUCAUGCGUUUCAGAGAGAUAUUCUAACAAGUUUUAUGUGGAAGAAAAAAUAAAAACCAAAAAAAAACCAAAAGAGACAAAAUAAAAUAACUAAUCAACAGUAAUACACUCAUUAUACAAGAAAAACAGAACAAAAAACACCCAAAACUAUGGCAUAUAAUGUGACACAUGUUAAUUAUACUUUGAUAACAACAAGAAAAACUAGAAAAUAUAAACAAUCGACAAAAAUAGUUUUGCAAAACGGCUGGGAAUGGAUUUUUUUUAAAGAAAUCACUUGAAAUGACAAAGAAAACUAUUUAAAAAAAAAAAUCAUAAUUUAGAAAAUUCUAUAUUUUUGUCUAAAGUAUCUGAAGUUACCUGAUUUUUGUUUUGUUUUUUCAAAGACUUCAAAAAACACAAAAGAAAAACGAAGUUGAACGAAGAAAUCAACAGAUUUAUAUUUUUUGCUACCUGGGGCUUUCUUAAAGUUUUGGCCAAUCCUAAAUUUUAAAUUUGUUAUAUAUAACCUUUGACCCGGUGUUAAGAAAAUGAAUAAGUCUGCCUUUAUCAUCGAAGUCCUGUAUUAAAAUCCCUUCGAAAACAAAUAAAAACAAUAACAAGUAAAAGCGUGCCAGAUUCGACCGGGCCGAAUCUUAUAUACCCUCCACCAUGGAUCGCAUUUGUCGAGAUCUUUUCACGGCAUCUCUUCUUAUGCAAAAAAGGAUAAAAUAAAAGAUUUGCUCUGCUAUCACAGCGAUAUCAAGAUAUGGUCCGGUUUGGAUCACAAUUAAAUUAUAUGUUGGAGACCUGUGUAAAAUGUCAGCCAAUUCGAAUAAGAAUUGCGCCCUUUGAGGGCUCAAGAAGUAAAAUAGAGAGAUCGAUUUAAAUGGGAGCUGUAUCAAUCGGAUAAUAAUUGCGACCUCUCAAGGUUCAAGAAAUCAAGAUGUCAGAUCGGUUUAUAUGGCAGCUAUAUCAGGUUAUGAACCGAUUUGAACCUUAUUUGGCACAGUUGUUGAUAGUCAUAACAAAAUACGUAAUAUAAAAUUCCAUUCAAAUCGGAUAAGAAUUGCGCCCUCUAGUCGCUCAAGAAGUCAAGAUUCAAGAUCGGUUUAUAUGGCAGCUAUAUCAGGUUAUGGACCGAUUUGAACCAUACUUGGCACAGAUGUUGAUAGUCAUAACAAAAUACGUCAUGCAAAAUUUCAUUCCAAUCAUAUAAGAAUUGCGCCCUCUAGUGGCUCAAGAAGUCAAGAUUCAAGAUUGGUUUAUAUGGCAGCUAUAUCAGGUUAUUUACCGAUUUGAACCUAGCUUAGCGCAGUUGUUGAUAGUCAUAACAAAAUACGUCAUGCAAAAUUUCAUUCAAAUCGGAUAAGAAUUGCGUCCUCUAGAGGCUUCAGAAGUCAAGUCCCCAGAUCGGUUUAUAUGACAGCUAUAUCAGGUUAUGGACCGAUUUGAACAAUACCGGGCACAUUUAUUGGACAUCAUAACAAACUACGUCUUGCAAAAUUUUAUUCCAAUCGGAUGAGAAUUGCGCCCUCUAUAGGCUCAAGAAGUCAAGACCUAGAUCGGUUUAUAUGGCAGCUAUAUCAAAACAUGGACCGAUAUGGCCCAUUUACAAUACCCACCGACCUAAACUAAUAAGAAGCAAAAUUUCAAGCGGCUAGCUUUACUCCUUCGAAAGUUAGCGUGCUUUCGACAGACAGACGGAUAUCGUCGUAUAUUCUUGAUCGUCGACAUAAAAUGUCACGACGAUCAAGAAUAUAUAUACUUUAUGGGGUCUCAGACGAAUAUUUCGAGUAGUUACAAACUAUACCCCCAUUAGUAUACCCCCAUCCUAUGGUGGAGGAUAUAAAAAUUAUAUAGCUUAUGUUUCCUUUUUUUGAUUCUACGGAACAAACAAACAAGUCCCACAUAGUCAUGAUGGGUCAUAUGCCCAUUUGGGAGCUUUUGGGGGGUGGGGUGACCCUCUACACUUCUAUCUGAUUUUGUAUGCCAUAUUUGUAAUCUACUCACGAAUUUUUAAUACCAUAUUCGAAUUAAACUCUUCAAUACCUUUUAUUUGAUAUUCAUAUUGUCUUUAUCGGUCCACUUGUGAUUUUGGGUGGUAUUUUUGAGGUAACGGGGAGGGUCCUCCCCCUUCCGAUAUCAACAAAUUGUAAAGCAUAUUUCUUCUUCCUUACCAUAUUCGUAAUCUACUCCCCAAAAACCUUUCAUUUCAGUCCCAUAUUGUCAUGAUCGUCAAAUAAACCUAUUUUAAGGAGUUUUGGGGCUGGGGCGGUCCCCCAGGUACUUGGACCCAACUUUCAUUAUAAAAUUCGUACUCUACUCUUAAAUAUCUUUCAUUUGAAUCCCAGAUUGUACCGAUUGCACCACUUUUAUUUUUGGUUAGUACUUUUGUGGUAAGGGGGAGGGUCCGCCCCCCCCUCCCGAUAUCAAAAAAUUAUAUAACCCAUGUUUCCUUCCAGAUCAACCUAUAUAACCUGUGAAAGUCUAUACGGAAGUCAUAAUCAAACCCUAAGCUCGAGAUUUCAGACAAAUCGGAUAGCAAUUGCGGCUCCAAGUGCAUAACAUCUUAAAUUAGAAGAUAGGUUUAGAUGGGAGCUAUGUCAGCUGAUUUGUUGGAGGUCUUAACAGAACAUUGAGUGCGAAAUCUUAGAUAAUUAGGAUAACAAUUGAGGUCUCCAGUGGCUUUUGAAAUUAAAUCCAAAGAUUGGUUUAUAUGGGAGCUAAAUCAGGUUAUGUACCGAUUUGAGGCUUCUAGGUACUGAUGAAGUCAAAUCGAAGGGCCAAUUUAGAUGGAAGCUAUAGCCAAAUUUGAGCCGAUAUGGCCCAUUUGCAAUCCCCACAAGCUACAUCGAUAGGUUAGGUUAGGUUGGAGAGGAUGAUACCACAACAUUGUCUUGAUAUCCGCUGGGGCCCGUUGUGAUUCCUCAAUCUACUCUCACCGUC